AUGGAUCCUUCGAAGGACGAUUCGCCGAAGCGCAGCCCACCGUCAGCAGCUAUCCUGCCACCGUCACCGUCACUGUCGAGAGCGAGAGACAACUAUGAGAAAGCACGAAAUAUUUCUCACGAGCUGCAAAAGGCCUUUGACGACCUCUCUCGCAAGGUGGAGCCCGACCUCGACCCAGAUGAAGUGCGACACGAGCCCGAUGCGAGAUCCGGCCUUGAGCUUGCGUCGUUGGAGGUUGAGCUAGCCCUGAAGAAAAAGGAUGAGUUUCAGCUGGAGCGACAGGUCAUUAUCGAAGAACGAGAUGCCAACCUAAUCCAACCCCAUAUAAAGCUGAAAAAGGCACGUUUUGACGAUCCUGGUGUUGUACGGUUGCUGGAUCCACGUGGUAGUAGCAUAUCUGCGUGUCUCUUGGCACUGUACAAAAAGUGCGAUGGCCUUGAAAAGACCAAGAAACGGCCCUCUUCCUUUCGCUCUGACGCGCUGCGGUACUACGAUGCCGACAUCGGGGGCAAGAAAGUUGGCGGUACGGGCAAAGAAGCAUUGUGAAGAAGUCAGAAUCCUAUAGAGAGCUCUAUAAAGAAAGGGGUUCUGGCUUGCAGCCAGAGCCACAAGAAGCAAUUCAAUGAAUCAGUUGCAACCCAAUUCAAUCCACGUUGAUUCGACAGUUUCCAGUGUGCGGUGUUUCCAACAUA